CACUACACUUAUUGUGGCACAAAGCGUCCAUACUGUAGCUGCGCUAGACACAGUAAUCAUGUCAGACGAAACGCAAACCGCUGUCGUCACGGAACCCAAACCAGAAGAGAACACGGAGGCUCCCCCAAAAGAAGACAAGCCCGCAGAUGAAGCGAAGGUGAGCGACGCGACGAAGAAAGACGCCGUCGCAGCAGCCCCAGUUUUGGUAGCACCUACGGAGAGUCCUUUUGGUGAGGAUGAUUUCGAGCACAUACUGCAAAUUGAAGCAUCAGAGGGGGCGGAAAAUGGAUGGGAAAGCGCCAAGAAAUCUGACGCGGUUAAGAUUUUCCGCAAGAAGGAUAAGAACUCAGAAAUUAAUUUGAUUAAGUCUUACCUAACCUUACCGGGGAUUCCAGCUGAUAAAGCAAUGGAGUUACUCACAAAUUAUGAAGAACGCAAGAAAUGGGACAAAGGUCACAAGAUUGAUGUUCUUGAUGAAAAGAGCGACUUCUGCAUAUUAUACAGUGUAUUUAAAAUGCCGGCAGCCUGCACAGGGCGUGAUUUCGUGAUUGCGUCAACAAAGAGAAGCGAUGAAGACAAUAAAAGGCAUAUCAUAUUAUACAAAGACUGUGUUCAUCCUGACAAGCCACCAAAUAAUUCAUUGAUCAGAGGUGAAACCAUUGUUAAUGGAUUCAUCGUCCGACAAGAUGAAAAUGACGAAAAGUCGUCCAGACUGACGGUGCUACAACAGCUUGAGAUGAAAGGCUGGAUUCCUAAAUUCCUUCUUAACCGUCUGACAUUAGCUAGACCAAUCGGAAUCAGGGACGAUCUGAAUGCUUAUUGGAAGGAGAUAAAUAAACCAAAGGAAAAUGGUCCAACUGAUAAAAAAGAAGAGAAAAAAGAAGAAGGAGAGGCAGAGAAGACAGAAGACAAAGAAGAGGAACCAAAGGAAGAAAACACUGAAGAGAAGAAAGAAUAGUACAAGUGUACCACGAGAUGGCGCGAUUGCUUAUCUUUUUAAAGUUGGGUCAGUGUUUUUUGUGACGUUCGGUGUCAGAGAUUCAUUUUAUAUCGAAGCGAAAAUCGUCAUCAAUGAAAAUAAUAUGUAGUGCGCAUGUGCAGUAAUGUACGCAUGUAUGAUACAUACUAUUUCAAUUCUACAAGGCACACAUCACGCUGAUAAACACAAUUCAUAAGUGUCCUACCCGUGUAGAUUUCACAUUUAAGGUCUCAGCUGUUGGCGAAAUAUUUCCCAACACAAUACGUGUACUCAGUCGGUCGUCACGGUCAAGUGAUAAAAUAUUUAAAUCACAUUUUCGAUUGGAUGACGUCACAUGGCCGAGUUAG